GGUGAUAGACAGUAUUGCGCAAUGAGCUGCAAUAGCAUCCUUAGACAGUUAGUAAUGUUCUCUAUUUAGUGCUCCUGUGUCAAUGGUUAUAUGCCUAUGGAUUUGUUCCAAGAUCACAAAGAUUUUAUCCAAAACUACGUGCAAAACAAUUUUAUGAAUUAAUAAUAAGAUCUAUACACAGUAGUUAUGCAGCUUAGUUAAUUAAUCACCACACUGAAUUUUCAGUAUUUAUUAUUUUAAAAUACAGACUGACCUAAAAGAAAGAUUCUAACCAUACAAAGCACAACGUCCUCAUAACAUCAAGACAACCCAAGUUCUGAGGGGAUCAUUAGUGGUCCUUUCUGGAGUAGAGAUUCAUGGGAACUGUAGUGUAUGCUCACAAUGAUUGCUAGCAAGGAUAAUGACCGCUUGAAAAUGAGAACUACAACUACCAGAUGUUUGGUCCUGAGUUUCUGUAACAGAGGUGCAACAACUUCGAGAUCCAGCCUGAUGUUCUUCUGAUAGCCGACUUGAAGUCUCACUUGUGGAGUACGGUCUCAUAUAUAAACAUCGCAACUUUGCAUCUCUUUGUCGCUGGUCGACAUGUCAGGGAGUGAUGAGGCGAGCGAGUCGGAGCAGCUCGGCUCGAGUCUUUCUGUGUGGCUCGGGGAGAGUAGUGGCGCACUCAUCCGGCCGGAGGAGUUGAACGUGCCGCUGGACCUGCACACUGCAUGUUCUAUCGGCCAGUAUGACGUCGUGGCACAGUGUAUCCGCAGUGGGGAAGUCGAUUUGGACCGCAAGAACUUGGGAGGUUGGACUGCUCUGAUGUAUGCCGCUUACAUCGGCCAUGACAACAUCGCCCGACUGCUGCUGGAGAACGGUGUUAGCGUCAACGCUGCCACGUCCAAGGGCCUAACCCCACUCAUGCUAGCUGCCAGCUGUGGGAACGAGAGCAUUGCCCACUUCUUACUGCAGGGAGGGGCUGAACUCGAGCGAAAGGAUGCACGUGGUUGGACGGCUCUGUUGCAUAGCACCAGCACAGGACACCAGCAGAUGGUGAAGCUGCUGCUGGACAACAAUGCUAAUGCUAACGUCAAGGAGCCAGGUUCAGGGUUCACUCCUCUGAUGGAGGCAGCUGCUGCGGGCCAUGAGAUUAUCGUUCAGUACCUGCUGGAUCGGGGUGUAAGAGCGGACGAGAGGAACUCAAAGGGAGAGACGGCUAGAGUGCUGGCUAUGUUGUAUGGGCACACCAAGAUUGCAAGUGUCAUAGACAAGCACUCUCUCAGAGUUAAAGGAGGUGCUCAUGAGGAGUUCAGCUCCUCAGAGGAGGACAGUACAGCUUCUCCUCGGGCACGAUCUGGACGCCCCAGACCCCGUGGAGGACCCAGCAUCCACGACGGCCCACAGCACAUAGCCCUGUUCCGGGUCGGGGGUGCAGGGACCAGCCGACACAGUGAGCCAGCAGCAGCCCCUCCUGGCUACAUGACAUUCCAAGACGGGUGUGAGACUGGCGAUGACAUUUGUAAUCGUGAUGUCACCUCCCCUAUUAAUGACCUGGACGGCCAGAGUAACAGCAGCAAAGAUGACUUCUUUGAUAAUGACAUGCCCACCCUGCGCAGUAGCAGCAGCAGUAGCGAGUGUUUGCCUCGUCUCCUGGGCCUCAGCCGAGAGGCCUCCCUCGAGAGCAACGAGGACUCGGAUCAGGCCAAGAGGAGUUGCCCCCGGCGAUCAAAUAAACCCCAUCACUCCAAGGGCAAGAGUCGCCAUGGUAACAGUGAGGCAGCCCACCCAGGUGAUGCGGGAAGUCGUCCACAGGCUUACCCGCCCUCCUACACAGGCCCUAAGGACCUGGGAGAAUUCUUGGAACAGAUUGGCUUCAGUAAAUACCUGGCCCUGUUGGAGGAGCAGGACAUUGACCUAAGAAUCUUCCUCACGCUCACUGAGAAUGACCUAAAGGAAGUAGGCAUUACUCUGUUCGGCCCCAAGCGUAAGAUGACGUCGGCGAUUGCCCGUUGGCACAGUAACGCACGUCCUCCCAGUGAGGCUCUGGAGCAGGCCUAUGCCGACCAGUUGGAGGCGGAGAUGCAGGAGAUGGCCAUCCAGCUGCACAAGCGCUGCAUGGAGGUGGAGGCGCUGCAGGGCCAGGUGGCCCAGGAGAAGGAGCUGCGUGCGGUGAUGGAGGGCUGCCUGAUGGAGGAGAAGAUGGGCUGGAGGAACGUGCGCGCCCAGCUGCAGGAGGACCUGCGACACGCCGCGGAACUCUCCGGAACGCUGCACACACUACGCGCCUGCCAGGGCCAGCUGCGAGCACAGCUGAGCGCCGACAGGACAGAUAGCUCCAAUGAGGUCUUAUCAAAGAUGGAGUCAUGUGAGGAGGAGUUAGCCCUCAAGCUUCAGGCGUUGUCCCAGAGCCUUGGGCGUCUCUGUACAGAAAGACCUGGAAGUUUGGUGGAGUCCUAGCAUGAGAAGGAGCAGAUCCACUGUACAGAUCUACUGACUGACGAUGACCCUACCACCCUACACACAAGAGAUGGAGUGACAGAGUGCAACCUGGAAGAGAGGGAGAAGGAAGGAAUGAGAGGACCAUCAGGGAGGAGAGUAGGAAGGCAGCCAGUGACAAACAGGUAGAGGGCUUUCCGCUCUGUCAUACCUGCGCACAUGUAACACGGGAUGGACCAAUCACAGUGAGGACGGCAUUCUGGACGGUGCAAGAGAGGACCAAUCACAGUGAGCCAUCACAUAGAGGAUGCGGGACCAAAGGAGCUCCUCGCCAGAGGGAAUUUGAGGCUUGGAUGAACAGAUGUGAACACUAACAGUCACAAACACACACACACACACACACACACACACAGACUGUACUGUCAAAUCAAAUCUCUGAGAAUCAGUUGACGCUAACUCAUGAAUUGUUUUGUUUUUUGUUAAUGACUCAAAAUAUAUUAUAAUAUAAAUUGUUUUGAACCUAAAUGUGACAUAUUCAUGUACAACGGGAAGUCCGGUUCCAGCAUAUGGAGCAUGGAAUCACGGAAUAGUAGAAAAAUUAAAACUUAGAACUAAUAAUUAACAAGAGUGAUCCAAUCUUCCUUGAGCAGGAUUGCCCGCCUCUAUAUUACAGCUGGAAGGGCCAGGGAAGCUUUUAUUUGUAUAGUGUUAUAACAUACAAGUAUGUCUGAAGGUUAAAAAGUCCAGCUUGAACUUGAUCCCCCUUAUGGAAAUAAGGUCUAUGCCAGAACUCCCUUAAGGAUUAAAAUGAAUGAUUUUAUAGACAGAUCUACAAUCAAUCAUACAACUGAAUACAGGAGGUAAAUGCUAUAAUUUUAAAAGGCUAGAUAUGGAUGUGUGGUGUACAUGUUUGCAGUCAUACGUUUGUGAAGUUCUGUAAGAUGAUGCCAGUUAUCAUCACCUCCCUAAUUGUUUGUUUAUCUGUCAAAACAGUGGGACCAUCUAAAUCUUGUAAAUGUUUAAUGUUGCCUCUUACUCGUUUAAGUAAUUAUAGGAGAAAGAAUAUAUAAUUAUAGUCCCUUUUUAAACCCUUUAGAAUUAAUUGCUCCAAAUGAUUUAUGGAUUUAAUAAAU